AUGCAACUUGUCAAAUUCUCAACGACUAUUCUCUUCCUGGCCCUCCUUCUCUCCACCAAUGCAUUUCCUGUUUUUCUCAGCGAUUCAUUGAGUGAAGUUGAACUUCACCAGUCCGGACCAGAUACGGUGUCACUGGUGACCCGGUUUAAUAAGCCUGUGGUCAAUAAGCCACUCCCGAAAUCAUCGACUCCUUCGACUGCCCCGAAGAGUAACCUUCUCGACAAAAUCAAGAACAUUUUCUCGAGAGACACCGAUGCUGUACUCGAAGUCCGGUUUAACAAGCCUGUGGUCAACAAGCCGCUCCCGAAACCAUCGACUCCUUCGACGGCUCCCAAGACUGGCCUUCUAGACAAAAUCAAGAACAUUUUCACGAGAGAUAUCGAUAAUAUACUAGUGGCCCGGUUUAGACAACCUUUAGUCAGAAAGCCACUCCCAGCUCCAACACCAUCAACUCCCUCGGCAGCUCCUAAGACUAGCCUCCUCGAUAAAAUCAAGAAUAUUUUCAUCUAG